AUGGGCUGCCACGUAUGUUCGCAGCCGCCUAGUUCACGGCUGGGAUUUUACUGCCCAACCUGCGCCCGUAACCAGCUAUACGGGCUACGUUACAACCAUGCGAAAGUGCUGCUGGACAAGGAUGCAGCUGGAGUGCAGAUCGAAGCGUCAAUAGCGAGGAAUGCGCGGGAGAACGCAGAGAUACUGUCAAGCGGCGGUGAUAUUCCGCGACUAUCUAAGGAUGUUGGUGGAGUUGAGCCGGAACCGUCAAGGUUGCUGAUGCAGACAAAGCGCACCGCUAUAUCGCAGUCCACUUCGCGAACGGAAGAUAUACGGUCUCACAUAUCUACGCUGGAGAAAGAGAUUGCAGAUGGGAAGAAGGAGAUUGCUAGGCGACGAGCAGCUCUGGCCCAGCGACGAUCCGAUGCAGAAUCAGCUAACUACGAGGUGGCUAGCCGGCGGGCUCGGGCUUUGGCAACCGUCCAGAAGAGCAUCAAGGGCAAGGAGAAACAGUGGAACAGCAUUCACGAAAAGGCGGUAGAGUCACGAGUGUUCCUUAGUCGGGAGGUAGCUAGUCUUUUCGGCUUCCGUCAGAGAACGAGGCGGAAGAAGGGAGAUUUGAUGAAUCAGUUCUCCAUUGGAGGCGUCAACAUUGUCGAUCUUCGCCAGAUGAAUAGUAAGCAUAAACCACUUUACUCACAUAUACAUAUCGCUAACUCAUGGAUUGUAGGUGCAAAUCCCGCACAUAUAACUGCAUCUCUAGGGAAUCUCUCCCGGAUGCUAGUAUUGGUAUCGCAUUAUCUUGGAUUGAGGCUCCCUGCUGAGGUGGUGGUGCCUCACCGUGGCCAUCCUUUACCAGCAAUAUAUACACUUUCAUCAUCUUACAUGCCAUGCCGGCAGGACUCUCUCAGCUCUUCACCCAAUUUCUCUCCCACCCAAUCAAUGCACAACGCCCGAAGCGCAGAUGCAAUGCUCCUCCCACGUCCUCGACCGCUCUUCAUCGACCGGUCACUGCCUAAACUUGCCAAGGAAGAUCCUACGGGCUACGCACUCUUCAUAGAAGGCGUGUCUCUACUAGCAUGGAAUGUAUCCUGGCUAUGCCGAACUCAGGGUCUACAUCUAGGCUCUGAGUCAUGGGAAGACGUCUGUGAUAUCGGUAGGAACCUCUGGCAACUUCUAGUUGCUCCCGAACCACUUCUCAAAGCCCUGGUAAGUGGACAAGCAAACAAUGACGCCAACACAGGCGCAAAUACAUAUGAGAAGGAGGGUGAGAAUGGCCUACGACGAACGCGAUCCCUGCCAAUACUCGGUCACUUCUCACAUGGCUCGGCACAUACCUUCCUCGGUUCAUCGGAAGGAAUGGAAUUUAUGAAAACGUGGAAGUUGCCAUCUCCCAUGAAGAUUGCAGACAAAUUGAAAUCCACCUUAUUGGGCGAGAUGGCCAAUGCGGAGUGGGAACUGUUGGGAGAGGAAGAGUGGGAGGACGAAGCUGGGCCGGCUCAGAAGGGGGAUGGCGAGGGUGGUGAUAAGAGAGAUGUAGUUCUUCUUGAGUGA